AUGUCGGUUCCCAUGAAGACGCUUGCCUCGUCCCAGACCUCCUUGGUCUCUGUGAGAAGGGAAGGCGUGGCCCUUGACGCGAACGAAGAAGUGCGGCAGGAUGAACCCAAAGGCUUUGCCUGCUCUGAACAUAAACAUGUACGGCACGACUUCUUCCCACCAACACAAUAUCCACAUGAAAAAAUCGCCAUCGACAAAGCUUCUUUCCCAAUCAAGGGCUUUGCUGGCUUGAUUGGAGCCGCCCUCGCUGUCAUCUGUAGCUGGGCACUGUUGGUCGCCAGCAACAACACGCAGCAAUGGCAGGAACGUUUUCCCACUGUGGCCAAGGUCUUACAGCCGUCCUCUAUACUGUCGGCCAUCAUUUCGGCGAACGGCAUACUUCUGCACCUGGCUUUCACCGAGGGCAUGACAAUCGCGUGGUGGCUGCGAGCGACCAAGACAGGUGCAACCCCCAGUGAACUGCAUGAGGCGUGGGUUACGAGUACGAGUGCGUUGGGCGCUGUUCAGUCUGGAAGACGCUUCAACUACAUGGCGCUGGCGACAAUUGUCGUGGCCAUCAUCCCCAUCAAUGGCCUUGUGCUGCAGGGCGCGCUCUCCGUCCGGCCAGUUUUUCUGAACACGGCCUCUGUCAACGUUAGCGUCCCUUUCGUCAACGACUUUGAUCCUUCUUUCUCUGGUUCGUUGACAGCGACCGGCGCCCUGGACGUCAUCAGCACCACCUUCAGUGGGGAAGUUUACAACUACUUCGCAGGCGACAAUAAAGGCUAUAUCGUGUUAUAUUCCAAUGGUACUACUGACGAGAACGUCGACUACGACGCCGAUGCAUCUCCGACAAACUGCAAAGAAACAUGCAUCUUUGACGCCCCGGGCGUUGGCCUGUACCUGAGCUGCGACGAAAUCGAAGAUCAUCCCUUCAACUUCACCGUCGAUACCUCGCAGCCUGGUUGGGAAGAACUGCCUAUCGUCAAACAGGGUCUCCCCAUCUACAGCACCGCCUUCGGCUGGUCCGCUUCGAACCCCAACACCAUCCAAUUCAACCUGACCUCCAAAGACACGUAUGGCUGUAGUGGCCAGUAUUACCAACUUGCGUGUAGCCUCGAUGCACGCCAUACCACCUACAACACAACACUGCACCUCAACAACUCCGGCCUCAGUGGCGCCACUACGCUUUCCCUGGAUCCAGAUUCUGACUACAGUGACGACUUGUACGGCACCCCCAUUGCCGCGAACGAUGAGCUCUCCAGCCGUAAAACCAAAUUCGGUUUCCUCGCAAAAGCCUUCAAUGACUAUUUCGGUUCCAGCAUUGUCGUGCAAUACUCUAACGCGAGCGGCGAGCCCGAGUACGUGCUUGGACAGAACGGCACUUACGCGAAUGCGCCGUGGAUCAUAUACGGCCAGGAUGGCCGCGAGACCAGCGGCGACACCGUCAACCUCACUGCUCACGGCGCGCAGGGCUGCGAGGUGUGGAUCGAUUGGGAGCGCGACCCGUUAUCCAACGACCGGGAUGUCAUCAUGGCCGAGAUCCGCCGCUUCAUGUUCCGCCUGUCCUACGAGUACUCCAACUCGGCGUCGUUGACGACGUACCCACCGCUACUGGCCCGCGCGUUCGUGACUCAGAAUCUGUACCAGGUGUCGUGGUGGCACUGGGUCGCUUCGCUCGCCGUCACUCUGGUCAUCGUCGCUUGCGUCUCCCUCACCUUCUGGGGCUUCUGGGCCCUGACCCGCCUGCCGACCAUGAGCCCGCUGGAGACCGCCCAGGCGUUUCAGGCUGCCGCUGGUUCGUCGCCUGAUCUCGCGUGGGACCAGGCAACUAUGAGUCCCCCACCGGGUACGCAUUUAGCGGCAGACGGGCGCUCUAUGCUUUCCAGUAGCGGCAUGAGCAGGCCUAUGUCCUGA